GCGGGGGCGGCGCAGGCGCAGUGCGCGCAGCGGGGCGCAGCAGCAGCCAUGCCGGUGGACCUGGGGCUGUGGAGCGGGCCGCUGAGCCUUACCGAGGUGGAGCAGAAGCCGGCGCACCCGCUGCGGGUCAAGUAUGGCUCCGUGGAGAUAGACGAGCUGGGCAAGGUGCUCACGCCCACUCAGGUCCAGCAUCGCCCCACCAGCAUCGAGUGGGAUGGCUGCGAUCCCCAGAAGCUUUACACCCUGGUUCUCACAGACCCAGAUGCUCCUAGUAGGAAGGACCCAAAGUUCAGGGAAUGGCAUCACUUCUUGGUGACCAACAUGAAAGGCAAUAAUGUGGGGAGCGGGACUGUGCUGUCAGACUACGUUGGCUCUGGACCUCCCAAAGGAACAGGGCUGCACCGCUACGUGUGGCUGGUGUACGAGCAGCCGAAGCAGCUGACCUGCAAUGAGCCCGUCCUCUCCAAUCGCUCUGGUGACAAACGAGGGAAGUUCAAGGUGGCUUCUUUCCGCAGCAAGUAUGAGCUGGGGGUGCCCGUGGCUGGUACUUGCUACCAGGCGGAGUGGGAUGACUACGUGCCGAAGCUCUAUGAGCAGCUGUCAGGGAAGUAGGGUGAGGGGACCUGAAAAAGCACUGUGCAGCACCUCCUGCCCCCCCUGGAGACUAGGCCUCUCAGAGCACGUUGCUGUAGUUUUGUUUGAUUAGUGAGUUGAUCCCAGCUGCCCCUGCACUGACUUGUUGGAACUGUAACCCUGUUGCUGUCCCUGCUGCCCUGUCGCCGUGGCUGGGUCUGUGCUGUGCUUCAGCUGCUCCCAUAGGUAGAGGUGAUUGCUAGCCAGAGGGCAAGGUGUCCCUAUAAGGGCCGCCCCCUCCAGGCUGACCUGUUUAAGGGAAACCAAAACCUUUGUGAAUUAGUGUCACUUCAGUGUCUCUACUGUACUGAAAUAGUAUCGUGUGACAGUGGUGUGGGUACAGAACCACUUUGGGGUGGGUGCUGGCUGUGUGGCCUCCCCUUUCCAGGACAGGAGAUGGCAGUCUAAGGGAAACUCCCCCCCCUACCUUUUCUGUAUUUUUACCCUCAAGUAUUUGGCCAGUGCCUCCACUUCACUGUGGUGACCCACUGAAACAGUGAGUGUGUAGCUGGAGGAGGAGGCAGGGAAGCUGGUUUAUAGUACUAAUUUCUGCUCUCUGUUGCCACUCAAAGCUGAGAGACCACUUCGUUUUGUUCAAAUUCUGUUGUGACCUGAUGUUAAUGUGCUGUUUCCUCACAGUGCAAUUAAAAACUUACCAAGGUGGA